AUGUCAUCACAAGACACAUUCAACGUCGCUGUUACCGGGAACAGACCAUUCCUGGAAUACCCCGUGAACACCUCGCAAUUGGUCCGCGACGCCCUCCCAGAUGCUAUCGACCGACCAAACAAACCAAUCAUCCGUAUUCUCAAAUACGACCGCGACACCCUCGACACAUACGCCGACGUAAGACGGGUCUCUCGCGAAAUCUGGGGCGGCAGCUCUUCCCUCUUUCGCAAGCCUGUGCAUACGGAUGGCAGCAGCAGCCAAGGCAACGACCACGUCGACAUCGAUCUUAUCCUGCACUUGGGAAUGGUCGCUUUCGACUACCCACAGACUUUCACCUUUGAGACUAUCGCUCACAGGGAUGGAUACGAGCUCCCCGGUGAUGACGGCAAGCCCGUAGACUCAGAGGAGCUAAAGCAAUUGGGUCUCCCGGAAACCCUUGCCACUGCCUUUGAUGUCGAGGCUGCUUGGCGGAAGGUCAAGGCGCAGUUCCCUGACACACCAACUUCCGUUUCAAAAGAUGCAGGGCACUAUUUCUGUGAGUUCCGGCUGUAUUCGUCUCUAGCCGAGCCGCUUCUCGGCGAGGCGCUGAGCAAGAAGCGAGGACGGACUGUGUUUCAGCAUCUACCUGAGAGGCAUUUGGCCGAGGAUAUUGCGUUGGCUACUAGAAUUACCAUGGCUUAUAUUACGGCUCUUGCCGAUGAUCCGAUUGCCAACGGUGAUGGCGAUUUUAAUCACUAG